AAAAUAGCUAGUACCUAGUAGCCUCUUAAAAUUGUCCAAAUAUCUAUGGUGUCAACAGGAAAAUGGGGGAGGUAUCCGUGGUAGAACACCCCGGUUAGAUUUUUAAGAAAUGUAUUUGUAGUUGUAUUUUCAAUAAUUAUUUAUUUAUCUGUACACUUUAGACACCUCGUAAUAUUUAGAAGAAACUUUGGUUUUUAAUUUUAAUGAUAAGAGCGUGUUUCCUAACCUCAAUACAAUGGCUGUGAAUAGUGCGAAGAUAAGUUUAUAUUUUUUCCUGGCUGGUUCUAUAGUUUUCGUAACGUUAUUUUUACCGAGCUGUGGUGUAAGCUUGGGACCGUACGCGUAUCUGACAUUAUUGUUCUACUAUGUAGGACUGAAUGUUGCAAUUGCUGUUUGUAUGCAUGGCUUUGCCCAUCAAGUUGCAAUAAGGUCAGCCUUCCUAGGUUUCGUCAACUCGUUGGGUAUCAUUCUCUUGUGUACCGCGACCUCGCCGUGGAACAUGUUUGGGUGCUACGUGUUCUUUCUCACGUUCUUCCACUUUUCCGAGUUCCUGGUCAUAGCCCUCACCAAUCCGAAGAGUGCGUGCGUGGAUUCCUUCAUGCUGAACCACAGCUGGGAGUACGGAGCCGCGGCCCUAGCAAGCUGGACAGAGUUCCUGCUCGAAGUUUGGCUAGUCCCCAACUUGAAGAGGCACCCGUACAUAACGUUAUUUGGUGCUGUGCUCUGCUUCAGUGGUGAGGUGCUGCGGAAGCUGGCGAUAUUCACGGCCAAGUCCAACUUCAGCCACGUGGUGCAGAGCGUGCGGGAGGACGGCCACCGGCUGGUGACGCACGGCGUGUACUCGUGGUGCCGGCACCCCAGCUACGUGGGCUGGUUCUACUGGUCCGUGGGCACCCAGCUGGUCCUCGUGAACCCCGUGUGCGUGGCUGCGUACGCGCUGCUCAGCUGGAAGUUCUUCUACCACCGCGUGCAGGUCGAGGAGCUGACGCUGCUCAGGUUCUUCGGCCGCGACUACCACGAGUACCAGCAGCGCGUGGGCACGGGACUGCCCUUCAUCGGCGGCUACGUGCUCCCGCCCGACACGGAAUAAUCACUGCAGGGAGCAUUCACAUGUUGUAAAGUGCGCAAACCAUGCUCACAAUGUUGGUGAGUAUCUUCCAGUACAAGCAUAACUUAUAAAGUUACAUCUACCAAUGUUGCUAAUGGAUUUUUAGCUUCUAACUACCGUAACAUUGAAAGUGAUUAAUAAAGCUUAGAAUUAACUUUUUUUUUUUUAAAAAAAAAGGGGGCUUUUAGAAAAUGUUGCAAAAAAAAAUAAAAUGUAUAAAAGUAGAUUUUUUAGCUUUGUGAUGUUUGGUAGGACCCAGUACAUAAGCAAAAACUCUGUCUAGCCUGUUUGUCUAACAAGUACAUUAAAAAUGUGUGCACAAUGAGAAUUUACAGCAAGGUACAUGUGAAAGUUGAUGUGUGUAGUAAGUAGGUACCAUAUAAAUAGUAAACACAGCAAGUUCUACAGCCAAUGGAUAAUGUUCUUGAAUACAUACCAGAAACAUUUUUAAAAAUACGGUACAACCCUCUUACAAAAAUCCCACUUAUGAAAAUUUUGUGCAUAAUAAGUUCAAAAACAUUUAGCAAUUGGAACUAUAAAUACAUAAAAUUCUACCCUUUUAUUAAGUCCAAAUUUCUAAGUAUACCUUGAUAAACUUCUUAACAGGGUUUUAUUGUAUUUUGAUAAUACAAAAAUUAUUUGUUUAUUUGAUUAUUAUUUAUUACAUAUAGCCAGAAAUUUAAUAUAUUUUAGGACCUUAACAGUCAGAAAGCUUUGUGGGGAAUGGCUCAUAAUCAUACUUGUUUUAAAAAACACCCUUGCCUGAGGUGAGACUUGAGCCCAUAACCUUGGUUAGCAGUAAGGAACGUUGAAUGGAGCCGGAGCAUAAACAAGAAAUUCUCUUGUAAUAUUUUUGUACCUAGCAAUGGUAUUUUGUUGAAUGAAAAAAUGUAAUGCAUUGCAAAAUGUAUGAAUUGGUUUUGUGUUUGGAGUGUGUCAGAUGGCAAUUGAGAUCACUGUCAAUGAUUGUUUUGCUAUACAUAUUAUGUUCAGAGGCAAGAUUAUAAGGUGAACAGUGAUAAAAACCUGUGUAACAUCAUAAUUGAAGUCAAUACACCAAAUAAUGCCAUAAUUCAAAGCAAAAGACAAAUUGCAGUGAUUACCUUGAUUACAGUCUUUUAUCAAAAUCUAGAGUUAAUACCACAGUUCUUUAGUUUAGGCUUUUAUUUAAAAACCUAUAACUUGACUUGUCACACGUGCAAGUACGAACAAAUGUCCUGGCCGCCCAUCUCUGUUGGCGAGCGGGUGGGAACAGCUACACGGUCAUGAUCCCAGUGCAAGCCUGGCUCAGUGAUGCUGCGUGACCUUGAACUGCUGAGACUCGUCUGGGGAGGGACAAUUUUUUUUAGCCAACCCCCCCCCCCUUUCCUCCCUCCCCCGCCCUCUUCACGGAGAAGGCAGUCCCACACAGCCAAAGUGAUUGUGAGCCAUAUAAAAAUGGUAUUGAUAUGACUGGAGGAAUUUAUGAGUGCCAGGUGAAUGUUGAUGACCUUAUAAUGCCAUUGCCGCUUCCCUCUCCCGGGAGGGGGGGGGGGGAAGUAGCGCGGUGACUUGCGUCUACACGCGAGACUUUAGACUGCAGGAGUACUGACAAAUUGUGCCCCGCCAGGCAUGGGGGAAUAGCAAGUGGGAAGCAGCAGUAAACCAGCGAACACACUGGAGCAAACCUCCUGCACGAUUAUGAGUUCAGCCGCACUUGAUAUCCCAGAGGGGGUAAGGAGCGAAGGAUUUUGGAUGAUAAAGUUUCUCUAUGUCAUACCAUCCAAUAUAUGUAGAUGGGAGCACCGUAGUUAUACAUUUUCAUUCCUUGAAUUCCAUCUCAUUCACAAAAUUACUCCCACCAAAUGCAGUGUACUGAGAGCUAUGAUGUUACAUCAUAAAUCAGUAUGCAAUAUUGUAAGCCUAAUUUGCUUAAGAUGUUUUUGUUUUAGGCAUUUAGCCACGUCUGUAGACAUCUGAUAUUGACUGCUCUUAUUUACUUAACUGUUUAAGUAUUUUUACCAAAAUGUUUUCAUUGUUUUGCUUUAUUUUCCAACAUUACAAAAAAAAUUCACUGGAAACCAAAGAAAGUCCUGUAUGUGUAGUAUAUAAUUUCUUUAAAUUUCAAGAAACGAAACAAAGAUUUAUGUAUAGAAUUUUUAUUUCAAUUGACAAAAUAGGUAAUUAUGUUGGUUUUAGUUACAUUUUAGUGCUCUGGAGUAAUGACACAUUUCGGUGCUAUUUGGUUUUAUCACUUUUAACUUUAUAGUCUUGUCACUACAUAAUUAUAAAGCAUAAUUAAAGUACACAGAAUGUAACUUGCACAAAUUAUGUGUGCUUUCAGAGGUUUUACUGAAUCUAUUGUGCCAUGUUGUAGGAUUUGUCCAAUCAAAAGAUACAGUGUGUAAAAUUUGUCACAACCUAUUAAUAGACUUAUAUUUUGUACAUUAGUGAUUAGUGUUCACAGAUUAACAGUUCACUACUUAUUAAUAUUUAUACCUGAUAGUGUGGUGUUCGUAAUAUGUUUUAACUUCAAAAUUAAUAUUUAUUGUAAAUGAAUGAUAAUUAAUCAUGAACAGCAAUACUGUACAGUUUAAUGUUGAAUAUUAUUAACUUUUGCAUUAUGUUCAUUAAGAUUUACACCAGAUAAUAGUAUUGCAUUUCAUUUGGGCAUAAAGAAAUUUAGUUGGUCAGAAUUCUACAUUUCUAGACAUUUCCUCGAAACUGGCACUGUUGGCUGUGUUCAAUAAUGUCACACUCAUGUGGCAAGGAUCGUAGUUUCAAUGCCAGUAUCUCGCCACUACUUACGUUUGCGAGCACCAAAUCUAUACCCAAGUGGUUUGGAAUCAUUUUAUCUUGGAGGUCCCAUUGCUUUAAGCAUCUGUGAAAAACCAUGCAACAUACUGUAUUCACCCAAAUAGGCAGCAGCCUCGAAUAAGUACCCUUAAAAUUUAGACUAUAUUUGUUGUUUAGAAUAAGUCUCACAGCAAACUUUAAAAACAGAAUGUGUGACCAUAUUUAAAGUUUAAAUUAAAUGUUUGUUCAGGGCUUUGGUAACUAUCCAAAAUAAUAAAUUGCCUUUAAGGUUUUCUGGAAAACAAAUAGCAUUCUUGAUACCAGUGUUGAUGUCUGCCAGUUAUUUUUUAACCACUCAUUAUACUUACCAAGAGUACUAUUACAUGUACAAAUAUUUUCAGUAAAACUCUAUGUAAAUUUUGGUCACUAAAUAUAUAAGACAGUAAAUAUUUUAUUUAUGGAUCUACAGUGAAUAACAUGUUAACUGUGAUACAAGGAAAAUGUCAUAAAUGUAAAAUGGCUACUGAUCGCAGCUGUUUAGUAAAAUGCAGUUAAGUGCCAUUAAUCAAUGCUAUAUUACGAAAAUUUUAAACAAAAUAAAUUUGGAAAUAGCAGAAGAAGCACAUGCAAUAAAUUCUCACCUUUCAAACAAAAAUUUUUAUUGCACUCUUCAAAAAUAUUUUUUCUCCCUCCAGUCGUGCGUAGAACUCUGUGAUAAGAUACUUUCUUAUUGUAACAUGAUUUCCCGUUUCCCAUUUAGGUUUUUCCAGAAACUGCAAACCUUCAGUAAUAUCGCAACAAUAAAGUGUACAACUAAGGAAGUGCCAGAGCCUGUGACGGAGAUAAAUACAAAUAGGUAUCAAUAUAUCAGAGCCCCCUUUGAGGUAGGAGACAAAGUAAAGUGUCACUAGUACCCUAAAUUCUUUAAAGUUUCGGAGAGAAAAAAUCUUAUAAACAAAUCCUUUAUUCAAAAGUAUUAAAAUAACAUGGGAAAUAUACUCCUCAUGUGAUACAAUAAAUUUCACAAAGUAUGGGUUUACGUAGAUGUGUAUAAGUAUCCUGCAAUAACAUUAUGUUUAACGUAUUUUACAUGUACACAAGGGCGUGAAAAAUAACUAGCCUCAAAAUGAAUAGCAUGUUAACGCAUAAACAGUUACACACACAAAAAUUAAGACAGUUAAUUACCCAACAGUGUACAAGCAAUAAAUAUGAUAGUAGAAGUAUGUUAAAGUAGAAGUAUGUUAAUUUAAUCUUAGAUAACGAGCAAGAAUUAGAUAAUACUGAAAUGGUUAUGUAGAGCAGCUAAAUGACGUAAGAAAAAUAAACGACAAUAUGUACCAACUGGAUGCUGAUCAUGGGUGCAAGAACCAAUUAAUCCUAAACUGAUAGAACCCAUGAAAAUAAACAAAUCAUUUGGAACGUGGCAGCAAAACAGAAUUUAAGAAACAUGCAAUAGCUAACACAUGUCUAGAAUGCCACUCAUACAACCAAGUUGUGAAUUCAGAACAUGAAACUCACCCAUGAUCGACCUCUAGCACUGACUAACAAGUUACUCAUCCGAGAUCUCAAGUGGAAGAAUUGGAAGCGGUAUGGUAACAUGACCUUAUAUAAGCUAGGCAGAGUAAUUCCUAUAAAAAAAAGGGAGCGGCAGUCAUGGGAAUACUGGAAAGGGUAGGAAGGGCAGGGGGGGGGGGGGGUAGGAACACGACUCUUGACACUGAAAACUGACAAAAGGGCCAACAGUGAUAAACAUGCAUUCAUCACAUCUUUCUUACAAACACAAACAAACUACGUGCAAGAUGUCUGUCAUCUGUUUAGCAACAGCAUGUUAGCCAACCUUGGAGCUUGACGGUACCUGUCAUUUGUAGCAUUGCCAUGCAGUGUUGUCAAUUUUCGAAUAAGCUUGGCACAAUAUUUUUUGACAAACAUUUUAUGAAAAUUGUACGUAGGUUAUUUGGGUGAAUACAGUAACACCCUACUAUAAAACAAGUUUCCUCAUAAGUCCAUCUUUAAUAUUAAAGAUAGAAUUAACCACCGUAAACACACCACAUUAUCAGUCAGCGGUGUUGAGCAGCGACACCACGGCCGUCCACCGUGAAACGUCUUCCAUUGUUAGCUGAUGGAACAUCCUUUCAACCAUGGUGUGUCACUGUAUCAAGUUUUUAAUGUCCCUGUAAUAUUAAGUGUGUUUUUAAUCUAUUAUAAUUUUAUUGACAGUUAUGAAAAUGCAUUAAUAAUGUUAUUCAAAUAAAAAUAUUUACAAUGGC